GCAGAAAAUCAAGGAGCCAUGUACGCGACCAAGCCGCUCUCUCUCUUCAUGAGCCACCCGGAGGCGGCUUCCUGGCCGCCGCCCGACGGCCGGAACUCGGGCUACCUCGUCGUCAAGGGCGACGACGACGGGGACGACGACGAGACGUGCUGCUGGGGGCAGUGCGGCGGGACGCGCGUGCGCGACCUCCCGUUCCCGCAGAACCGCGUGCUCACGCUCCGCUACACGGAGCACCACGGGCAGAGCAGCACCACCUACACCGACUCCGUCGUCUUCGUGCCCGUCCCCGACCAGCCCGUCGCCUCCAACCGCUACUACGCCGUCGUCGCCUCGGGCAAGCGCAAGGGGCUCGUCCGGACCUGCUCCCGCGAGGAGGACAUGACCCCGUGCUGCUUCUGCCGCUGCAUCAACGACGUCAAGCCGCAGCCGUUCGAUCCGGCCGACCUCUACCAGAAGAUCGAGAUCGUCCAGCGCCGCCGCGGCAGGUUCACGGCCAAGGCCGUCGCCGCCGACGGCUUCCCCAACUACCUCUACCGCAAGAAGUAUUGGCGCGUGUACGCCUCCAAGCCCACCAAGAACCACCUCGACCUCGGCGACGCGCCGGGCCUCAACGUGGCGCUCCGGUCGCGCCAGCUCGCCGACGCGAGCCUCCUCGACGCCUUCCCCGCGGCGACGGCGGUGUCGACGGCUGUCGGAAAAUGGUACUGCCCGUUCUAUCUCAUCAAAGAAGAUGGCAUGUCCCCGUCCGAGCAGAUGGACCGUGCCGCCUUCUACGAGGUGGCGCUCGAGCAGCGCUGGGAGCCGGUCCACGACACCCACAGCGGCUCUAAGCUCUACAGCAGGAAGGUGUUCAUCGGCGGCAGCCUGGAGGCGAGGCAGGAGGUGUCCAGCGGCGCCUCGCGGCACGGUGACGGGUACGUGUGGUUCAGAGCCGUGGCCGGGCAGAGUGUGGGGGUGUGCGCGAGCGUGUGGGAGAGGAUGCGGUGGGAGGAGUACAGGGGCGGGUGGGUCGACGAGGAGGAGGAGGCCGAGAAGGUGGCCGGCCGGUCGGUGCUGGUGGAGAGGUUCGUCGUCAAGAGGAUGGACAGGACCGUCGUGGUGGCCUUUGACUUUGUGCAUCUCAACAAGGUCAGGGGGAAGCAGGCGUGAGACAUCACAGCAGACUGUACACCCGUCACGGAAUCUUCAGUAGUACUCCCUCCGUUUUAAGAUAAAUGUCCCAACCAUAGUAUAACUUUAUACUAGAGUUAAUAUAAAGUUGAGGCAAUUAUUUUAGGACGGAGGGGAGUGUUUUGGUGUAGCUUGGCAAAUAAAAUUGUGAGAUGCUAAUGAUAAGGGAUGAAGGAUUUUGCUGCUCGUCGCAUUUUCUGCCUCCUUUUGUUGGAGAAUUAUUUGUAUUUGUAUGUAAAUUAAGAUUUGUGUACCUAUUUAUUACAACAUA